AUGGCUUCACUACCUAGCUCCCAGGCUCAAUCAACAGCUCCCAUACCAAUCCCACGUCUUACAGACAUUGCAAACGAUGCCUGCGACUCCGCAUUUGAAUCGGUCACUAGCUAUGAACAUGCCAGUACCUCUUCCUGGAAUACUGCCAUCAUAAAUACAACCCUCCAAAACCUCAUCUCCGAGUCCUCACACUCUGGCCAGCAACCUCUCUACAAGUUUGCAGUCACAAGUACCAUCAUUCAGCACACCACACCACACUCAAGUCCUGUCAAAGACGUACCUUCGAAUGCCGGUUCACAAGAUGCGGUAGGUGCAGGGAGUGCGGUGGGGCGAAGAGGUAUGCAUUCGGCAUCUGGGGCAUACUGGGAUAAUAAGAAAGAUGGGAUGUGGAACUUCAAGUAUGAAAAGGCGGAAUCGAAGGGGUUUGAUGUUGUGCUUAGUAUUCUUUGGAUCUCAAUUGUCUAG